CACACACACACCCCCGCGCGCGGUUUUAUAGGCAGAGAUCCUCUUCAGAUCGUCGCACAGCGCAGCUGUUUCGGGCAGAGACAGACAUGAGCGCGCAGAGACUCGCUUCUUUCUUCUUUCUUCUGGCUUUGAUCUGGUUCACGAGCUGCGCGCCGCCGACAUGUUACUCGCGCGCUCUGGAGCUCAGCAAAGAAAUCAUGAGCGAUCUGGACAAAAUACAUCAAUAUAAUCGCACGAAAACAUGUGCUGAGUUUCUUCCGAAGAUGUUUCUAGACGUGCACAACUCCUGCAUCAAGUCCAAGCUGCGUGAUUUCCUGUAUGUGACUGAGAAUCUUCCCACUGAAUACUGCAGAGAGCGGCCGCGCAUCCGGCUCCUGAAGCGCCGCGUCCAGAUCCUGUAUUCCAUCAUCACCCGCGCCUGCUAUCGGGAUCUGGUGUUUUUCACAGAUGACUGUGAGGCUCUGGAAACAGGAAACAUCAGUCCGCGAUACACAGAGGACCGGCUGGAACCUCUGAUAGAGGACGCCUGAGA